GUCGCGCGAUGAGCUGUCGCAUGCGACGUCGAGCGUGCCGCCGCGCGAUACCCAUAAAGUAGCCGAGCGCGUGUCUCGGCCGCUGGAACGGAGCCACCCGAAGCGCGUCCUCAGCCGGGUGACACAGGCGGCCUUGAGGAGAGCGGAAGGCAGCCCCUUGACGCCACUUUGGAGAGCUCGGCAUCCCUCGUGAUAAGGCCGCGCCCUCGCUCUGCGCUCCGCUUGUGAGCACCUUCGGAGUCGUGAUCCGUCGCGGUUGCUGGCGGCGUGCACAGUGAGCCGGUGUCCACGCGCGAUGCCAAAGUCGGUGCCAGCCCUCGCCCUGGCCGCAAUGUUGGCCGUGGGCCACUGCUGGAGCGUCGGGACGGGCUAUCGCGCCGAUAUGGGGAUGCAGCUUGUCAACGGUUCGUGCCUUUUCGAGAACAUCACCAUUCCAGCCGGCGAGAGCCUACGCCAGGAAUCUCCCUGCCGGAGGGUCACCUGUAUCGAGCACCACAAGGCAGUCUUCAUUCAAGAGUGCACAACGUAUUACUGCCCGUCAGCGAACUGCCGCAUGGAGUCCAAGGAGGGGCUCUAUCCCACCUGCUGCCCAAUGCCUGUUUAUGUCGAAAACUGAGUGCCUACUUCAGUACUGGUGCGAAAGUCAUCGACAUUGGCGUCACAAUACAGCAAUGCAGCUACAGGAGCAGCACGUUAUUCAUCUCUCGUGACAGUAAUCGCAAACGGCAGUUGCCAUUGAUCUUCCCGAUGUCGCUUUCAUCAUUUUUUUUUCUCAGUUAAUGCAUACAGUAUCUGUUAGUGCCCUACGCCAACGUUCAGUUUCACAUAAAAACGGGUUAAGCGUAUCACCAGCAAAAGGGGCACAGAUCUGAUGUCAUGUUGCUUUUUUUUCGGGUUUUUCUUUUCCUUUCCUGAUUUGAUGUUUCUAGUUAAACCCGUCUGAAAUCAAAUGAUGACGGUGCUUGUUCCAAAUAUUCAUUUGUGGCCUAUUAAAAACUUCAUUUUCUAAAUAUUAUUAGUACUCCAGUCUAUGUUCAACGUUGAUAGAAAAUAAAUGAAAAGCUAUCUUAUAAAGACGAACGUUCUUUUUCUUUUUUUUCUUUUUCUGCUGUAAGCUGAACUUCUCACGCAGCAGGGACCGCUCCUUAUUCGAAAAACUGCUUUUAACAACGCGAAUUAAUUAUUAUCUAGCAGCUCUCAAAUAACGUGCCUUAUCUUCCACACUUCACUAUGGUCGCCACCGUAAAAGCACUUAUAUAAUCGCGCACAGCGGGCUGCACACUGUCAGAGCCUCGUGAGAACGCAGAACCCUUUUUCUCGCCGCAGCGCCAUCGACGCGAUCGAUGCCGAGCUAAGCAGUGCGAGUACACAAAAGAAUUUAGCUUUGUUUUUACGUCCCUGACUUUCGCGAAAAAUUCGGCUCCACAAAACGCUGCGUUCGCAUCGACCUGGCUCAUGCUUUUACGGACGCUCUGGUCAUUUAUAUAUUUUCUUUCUUCCGCGCGAUCGGUAUAGCCUUUUUUUUUUUUUUUGUAUCGAUCAGUCUCACCGCGGCAUCUUUUUGUGCUUUCCUGUUCGUCCGCAAAACCAACGCUCGCAAUAAACAAGGUUCGUGUACAUGCCGAGU